GUCCUUGGCUGGGGGAGUCGGGCCCUCGGCACGGCGUCCCGCCCAGGUCAGGCCCGGCGGCGGCCGCGGCGUCAGGGGGCGGAGCCGCCCAGAGCGCCCUUUGUCUGUGGAGGCCGUUAUGCCCUCUCACAAUGCUAUACUUUCCCAAGGGGGGAACAUGGAGGAGAAAGAAAUGAGUAAUGGAUCACAGAUAGUCAGGUCUCAGGACUCACUGACAUUCCAGGACGUGGCUGUGAACUUCACCAGAGAAGAGUGGAACCAGCUGUACCCUGCUCAGAAGAUCCUUUACCGAGAUGUGAUGCUGGAGAACUACAGGAAUCUGGUAGCACUCGGGCAUCAACUCUAUAAGCCAGAGGUGAUCUCUCAGUUGGAGAAAGAGGAGCAGCGGGGGAUAGAAAGAGACAGUGCAGUGGACGCUCACGCAGAUGGGGAGAGUAGACGUGAAAUCAAAAAAUCGACUCCAAACCAGAACAUUUCUGAUGAAAAACAAAAUCAUGACAUGAUAAUGGAGAGACUAACAGGAGAUAGUUUCUGGUACUCCAUCUUGGGAGGCCUCUGGGAUUUUGAUUACCAGUUAGAGUUUAACCAAGAAAACCAGCAGAGAUACUUAGCACAAAUAUCUUUCACCCACAAAAAGAUCACACAGGAGAGAAGCCGUGACUGUAAUAGAUUUCAAGAAAACUAUAACAUGAAUGCAAACCUUAUUAUGCAUCAGAGAAUUCCUUCCAUUAAAAUACCCCUCAAUUCUGACACACAAGGAAAUAGCAUCAAACAUAAUCCAGACUUGAUUUACUAUCAGGGAAACUAUGUAAGAAAGAAUCCUUAUGAAUAUAAUGAGUGUGGAAAAAUCUUCAAUCAAGGUAUUCUUCUUACUAACCAUAUUCAUACUGAAGAGAAACCCAGUGAAUGUGGGAAGGUUUUCAGCCACAACUCAUCUCUUACUCAACCUCAGAUAGUCCUUACAGGAGAGAAGCCCUAUAAGUGUGAUGAAUGUGGGAAAAGAUUCAGCCAGAGGAUACAUCUUGUUCAACAUCAGAGAAUUCACACAGGAGAAAAACCUUUUAUAUGCAAUGAAUGUGGAAAAGCCUUCCGUCAGCAUUCAUCCUUUACUCAACAUCUGAGAAUUCAUACUGGAGAGAAGCCCUAUAAAUGUAAUCAAUGUGGUAAAGCCUUUAGCCGUAUCACAUCCCUGACUGAACAUCAUAGACUUCAUACUGGAGAGAAACCUUAUGAAUGUAGUUUUUGUGGGAAAGCCUUCAGCCAGAGGACACAUCUUAAUCAGCAUGAGAGAACUCAUACAGGAGAGAAACCCUAUAAAUGUAAUGAAUGUGAGAAAGCCUUUAGCCAGAGUGCACACCUUAAUCAACAUAGGAAAAUCCAUACUCGGGAGAAAUUAUGUGAAUAUAGUAAGUGUGGGAAAACCUUAAGUCCCAGUCCUUCACUUACCCAGCAGCACAUAACUCAUGGUGGGGGAAUCAUAUGAAUAUAUAAAUCUGGGAAAACUUUUGGUCAGAUCUUUUCAUCCCUUUCAAUAUCAAAUUAUUUACAGAGGAGAGAAAACUUUUAAUGCAUAGAAACUAAAUAAAUUUAGGUUUUAAAUUAGUAGUGUAUUCCAAGGAGCACUUAUAAAUAGUGAAAAUAGCUUAUUUUAUAAAUAAGAUUAUAUUAAGAGUCACAUUCCAAAUCUGAUAUAAAGCUUUUUUCAAUGACCAGAAAUCUUGUAGGCAAUAAUCUGUAAUUAUUCACCUGUAACUUUUAUGAUAUAAAGUUUUUAAAUUAUGUAAACAUUGAUUAAGGCAAUGAUGUAGUGUAACCAGUCACAUAAAUUUGAAAUAAACAUAAAGGCAAUAUUUCUCAAA